AUGAAAGAAGCCAAAAACAGCCUAACCAAGAAAAAGGAGCAAGAGCCCAAAGAAGCGGAAGCGGACAAGGUUCAACCAGUAAGCGAAAAAACUUCCCCUAUAUCUGAAAAAGUUUCCGAAGUUAACACGGACACGAAAGAAACAGCGGGGGGCAAUUUGCCGAAAAAUGGCAAGAAGGGCAGAAAGAAAGUUAAAAAUAAGAACCCCGCCAGGGGCUUUUUUCUCCCUAAAAGAGAAAAAGAAAGCAAUUUUUACUUUGUAAAAAUUGCCAAAGAAAAAGAGAAAAGCCAAAAAAUCCGCCUCGCGCGCGAAAGAACAACCCAAAAGGCAGUCUCCUCGUUCUCGGUUUCUCGCAUGCGUGUAAUGAUACCUUUUUUCCGUUCCAAAUGCUUCCCCACCAAAGAGCCAAGAAAAACAAGAAAAAGUCCGCCAUCAAUACUUUUCUACCUACUACGAAAAACACAAGACGGAGAAGAAGGAAACGCAACGGAAAAACUAUCUCCGCAAAAAAGCCGAGAGAGAACGAAAGGCGAGGAAUAUUUUUCGGCAGACUUACACGACGGACAAUAUUCGGGUAUUGAUGAGUUUCAAGCAAUACACCGAACUACGAGCCGAAAAGAAAAGGAAGUGAACGGAAGAUUAUUACGAGACGGCAAAACGGGAAAGCGGGAUGAAAAGCAAAAUGAGUUUUUAGCCGAGCAAAGGGAAAACAAGAACCAAGAGGCCCGAGGGUUGGAGAAAGAUAUUGAGAUGGCGAAGUUUCACGAGGCACGAGGGAAGGUUAAAUGCGAUUGUUGGCAAUGCGAGAAAGAGAAGGAAGCGAGGAAGGAGGUAAAGCGGGAAUGA